AUGCUAGCGACAGCUGCAAGGAGUGCUCCAAAGCCUUUGUUCGAUGCCUCUUACGAUGUGGUUGUGGUAGGGUCAGGAGCGGCAGGCUUGACGGCCGCCGUUACUGCUGCGAAGAAACAUGGCCUCAAGGUCCUCGUCACGGAGAAGGCCAGGUAUUUCGGAGGAACUACUGGCUUCUCGGGAGGCGGCGCUUGGUUGCCCAACAAUCACCAUCAGCAAACCCUGGGGGUCACCGACAGCAAAGAAAAGGCCACAACGUACCUCCGAGCAGUUGUUGGGAGUCGCUACGACAACCGCACGAUCAACGGCUUUCUUGACAAUGCUCCUAGGAUGGCGAAAUGGAUUGACGACAAUACAGCGCUCAAGUUCUUCGCCCUCCCACUCCCGGACUAUUAUACUUCUCUCAACGGGGCCACCGAGCGCCGAACCCUGGUCGCUUCGCCGUUUGACGGUCGCAAGCUAGGAGGGCGGCUGAAGGAUAUAAGAUACGCUCUGCAGGGGUUCAAGGCAUUCGAAUCAAUGCAAGUUGCCUUCGACGAAAUGCCUAUCCUGGCCAGCCCGUUGGCCAGCACCAGAAAUCUAGCUCGUGUCGUCGCAAAGCUCCAGCGAUACAUGCUGGACUUGUUGAGGUACGGCAAGGGGAGUUUCCUCGCAAAUGGAAACGCCAUCGUUGGAAGUCUCGUCUACACAAUAGCCCAAAGUGGCGGCGACCUUUGGAAUAAUUCUCCCGCGACUGAACUCGUCACGAAUGGUGGCCGGGUGGAGGGCGUGGUCGUUGCGAAGGACGGCAGAGAAAUUCGCGUUCGCGCAGCCAAAGGUGUCCUGCUGGCUAGCGGAGGCUUUGGUCGCGCAAAGGAGGCUCGAGCCUUUGUUCCGCACGAAUACUGUCUCUCGCCGUCUUCCGUGACGGGCGAUGGCAUUCGCCUGGCACAAGCGGCAGGCGCGAUUCUUCCGGACCCGAGCCCUGACAAUGCGAUAUACUCACCUGUCUCGAUUCUUCAGCCUAGACACGGUCCAAUUCGCAUGUAUCCCCAUUUCGGCUAUGACCGCGCAAAGCCCGGGUCAAUCGUUGUAGACACCAACGGUCAGCGAUUCAUCAAUGAGAGCGUGGGAUACCAUCAGUUCGUGCAGCACAUGCACGCAUCCAAGAUGACACGGUGCUUUAUGAUCGCGGACAAGCGAUUCCUCAGCAAGUACGGCAUCGGCUUCGCAUUGCCAGACCCGUACCCGAAAUGGAAGAUCCUCUCUCAAAACUAUCUCAUCUCGGCCAACACAAUUCCCCAGCUCGCCGCGAAACUGGGGAUCCCCGAGGACAACCUCGUGCAGACGGUCAAGUGGUGCAACGAGAAUGCAGCGCGUGGCAAAGACUCCGACUUCGGUCGAGGCGACAGCGUCUACGACAACGUCUUUGGCGACGCUACAAACAAGCCGAACCCGAAUCUGGGGACCUGCGACCAUGCCCCCUUUUAUGCUGUUCCUAUGUACCCCGGCAACGUGAGCACACAGUAUGGCCUGCGAACCGAUGAGUAUUCACGGGUGAUGGGACAAGAUGAAAAGCCCAUUGACGGCUUAUAUGCGGCAGGGAAUGAUAGCAACUCGGUCUGGCGAGGGACGUAUCCUGCUGGAGGGUCGAGUAUUGGUCCAGCAAUGACUUUUGGGUAUGUUGCCGCCGAACAUAUGGCUUCUAAUUGA